CAAUAACCUUUCAAGUAUUUAGCACCACUGCGAUUCCUCCGUCCACAACCUUGUACGCGUUUUUGUUUAGCUUCGCAAGUUGCAACAGUCCCGAGGCCGGACAACAAACCAUGCGGCGUCUACAAAGAGCUGAAGAGGUCACGGAAGGUCCAUAUGAGCUGAAGGAGCUCCAGGCGCCGGUGCUGCGCGGGUUCGGGCUCACGGCAUUCGUCAAUCUGUUCGAGGGGAGCGUAGGUGACUUGCUUUACCCCGGCCUGGCGCAGAAAAGCGGCGUGACUCAGGUGCUCCACGAGCUGCACGUACCCGACGACCCGCUCUACCGCGCCGACGUCUCCCCCAUCAACCCCGACACACCCGAGCCAGAGGCCGAGGCGCUGCCGCCACCGCCGCCGCAGCCCGCCGCCGGCACGGCGCCAGACGCCGCCGCCGCCACCGCCGCCGCCGCCAUCUGCGGCGCCAUCAAGCACGCGCUGGCGACGGGGCUGCUGCCGCAUGAGCAGCAGCUGGCGGCGUCGGCGCCAGCGCCAGCACCGGCGGUGGAGGGGAGUGCCGUGGCCGCGGCGGCUACGGCGGCGGCAGUGGCGGCGGCGCCAGCUGACGGGCCGCUCCCGCCGCGGCCGUUCACUGGUAGCGCCACAGUGGUGGACUAUGUGCGCGCCUACCGCUCAGGCGCCACCACGCCCACUGAGGUGGCUGAGCGCAUCAUCGCCUUCGUGGAGGCGGGCGGCGGAGCCAGCGGACCAGGCGGCGGCCGGCGGGCGGCGGCGGCGGCCGGCGCGCCGCAUGUGGGCUGGUUCGCGCCCGGGGGGUGGCGGCCGGAGCAGAUCCGCAAGGAGGCGGAGGAGAGCACGCACAGGCUACGUGAGGGCCGCGCUCGCUCUCUGCUCGAGGGCGUGCCGUUCGCGGUGAAGGACGCCGCCGACGCCCUGCCCUACCCCACCACCUGCGGCACCACAUUCGUGGCCGCCGAGCGCACUCCCACCGCCGACGCGCCUUGUGUGGCGGCGCUGCGCGCUCUGGGCUGCGUACUGCUGGGCAAGACCAGCAUGCACGAGAUUGGGCUGGGCAUCACAGGCCUCAACGUGGGCAGCAAGGCCACAGCCAUCAACCCCUUCUCUCCAGGACUGGCGGCGCCAGCCGCGGCCGCAGCAGCAGGAGCCGACGGCGCCAAGCCCGCCUCCUCCCCCUCCGGCAGCAGCGGCAGCAAGCACCUGCACUACACGGGCGGCUCCUCCAGCGGCACCGCGGCGGUGCUGGCGGCCGGCGUGUGCCCCAUCGCCAUUGGCAGCGACGGCGGCGGCUCCAUCCGCAUCCCCUCGGCCUUCUGCGGGCUGGCGGGGCUCAAGCCCACCAACGGGCGGGUGGGCGGGCUGCACUGCGUGCACGUGGACUGCACCGUGGCCACCCUGGGGCCCAUGGCGGGGUGCGUGCAGGACGUGGCACUGAUGUACGCGGCCAUGUGCGGCGCCGCGCAGUGGGCGGACGCCGGCCUGCCGCCGCGCUCGCCCGGACUGCUGCCCGAGGAGCCGCUGCCCGUGCUGCUGCCCAGCCCCUGGCCCCGGCUGCAGCCGCAGGCGGGGGCGGGGGCGGCGGGCGGGGGACAGAAGGGGCCGCUGGCGGGGCUGCGCAUCGGCGUGUACGACAAGUGGUUUGACGACGCCGCGCCCACCGUGGUGGCGGCGUGCCGGGCGGCCCUGGCGGCUGCGGAGCGCUGCGGCGCGCAGGUGGUGGCCGUGUGUGUGCCCGACCUGGAGCCGUUGCGCGUGGCACACACCGUCACCAUCGUUAGUGAGAUGGCUCAGAACUUCCGGGAGCGCGCCACCAAUCCCCGGCUGCGCUCGGCCUUCAAUCCCGAGUCGCGACUGGCACUGGCCAACAGCCGCUUCUGGAACAGCGCUGAUUACAUCCAGGCUCAGCGCAUCCGGGCGCGCGCCAACGUGCACUUCCGCCGCGUGCUGAGUCAGGUGCACGUGCUGGCCACUCCCACCACACCCAUCCCCUCGCCGCGCAUCCACCCCGCGGCGCUGACAGGAGGCGAGAGCAACCUGCAGCAGGUGAGUCGCGUGAUGCGCUUCAUCGUGGCGCCCAACAUGAUCGGACUGCCCGCGCUGUCGCUGCCGGUGGGGCUGGUGCCGGCGGAGGAGGACCGGACUGCUGCCGCAGGCCCCAGCUCGGGCGCGGUGAUGCUGCCGGCGGGGCUGCAGCUCAUGGGGCGGCCGCAGGAGGAGGCCACACUGCUGAGGGUGGGCGCGGUGCUGGAGGCGGAGCUAGCCAAGGCGGGUGUGACGGCGGGCGCCGCGCCGCCAGUCCACAUCAACCCACUCACUGGCGAGCGGCGGGGACUGUAGCCCCGUCCUGCUGACUGUUACCGCCUUUUGCUGACUUACGACUGCAGCUACGGUACGUAACUAUACGUGUGGAGGGGCAACACGUUAACGAGACUUUUGGGGGCGCGGUUAUACCGUAUGUGUUGGGUGCGUGGUCACGACACAUUUCAAGCUUGUGUUGCGUUUUUAAGCACGUCAAUAGCUCGCUGCUGGGGUGUUGCUAGGGCUAGGAUUGGGGUUGGGGGCCGCUUAGGCAUGAAGGUUCUCUGCUGGGAUGGCAACCGCGGGUUCCCAAAUUAUUGCACUAGUGUCCAUUCCACGCCGAGUGGCAGACUUGGGCCGCACGGGUGCAGAUGCAUGUGAGGUAGGGGCGAGGAUGGCUGGAGAUUGCAGACCUGCCCCUGCUGUGUGUGGGCCCUGCCAGCAGGCCCUGCCGAGGGUACGGGCGCGUUUUGGAGGAUGGACCCGGUCUCGUGCUGUGCAAAAUGAGGCACUGAUACCGUCCUGUCUGCCGUGGUUUGGCCAACUUAUUCAGCGCUUGCUUGCAAACCCAGAUUGCAAACCUCUCACAAAGGGGU